UUGGAACUUUGCCAUACUGAUACAUAGAACGGUUUUACCAGAACACAUGCGCAGGUCAUACCCAUUCCCGGGUGGAAUUUUCUUUGUUUACUAUUAUUAAUACUAUAAGAAGAUACAGUUGCGCCAUAUAAUCAGAGUUUAUUAAAUGAUUGAUGCAGCAUGGACAAAGAGGAGGGUAAGGUAUACGGGGAUUAUAGGCUGGAGCAGCUGCUAGGGAAGGGGACUUAUGGAUACGUGUACAAAGCCAAGAAGAUCUUACAGGAGGGCACCUCGACCACCAAACAGCUCUCGGAUGAGACAUUUGCAGUGAAGCUGAUUCACAUCAAAGGUGAUACAAGUAGACACUGGGAACUCGUGGAGAGGGAGGUGGAGGUGUUACAGAAGGCUGAGGAAAAGAAACACCCCAAUAUAGUGUCCUUCAAGGAAUACUUCAAACAUAACACAGUUCCCUGUGUUGUGAUGGAGUACUGUGGUGGGGGAACCCUGUAUCAGAAAAUAAGAGACCUAAAAAAGGAAGGCAAAGUAAUCAACGAGGAAGAAUUUAUAUCUAUACUGCAACAGAUAGCCCUGGGUGUAGAGGUUCUUCACGACCUAAAUAUUAUUCAUCGAGAUUUGAAGACCAAAAAUAUCAUGUUGACUGAAGACGGCACUUGUAAAAUAGCGGAUUUUGGAGUUGCCAAAAUGAUUGAAAUAGCGGGGAUAAAUACAGCAGGGAUUGGAACACCAUUCUACAUGUGUCCUGAAAUAAUACAAGGGAAAUCAUAUGAUCAAAAGGCCGAUAUAUGGAGUCUGGGGUGUACUUGCUAUGAGAUUGCCACAGGUUCAUACGCUUUUGAUGGGAAAUCUGUCCAGGAGAUCAACGCCGUGGUGAAGUCUGGAAAGAUGCCAGAAACAACGAAAAUCCAGUACAGUGACGAAAUAAAGAAACUUAUUGUACAGAUGCUAAGUCAUGACGGGGCAGCUCGUCCAACCAUCAAAAGUAUCCUCCACUUUAUAAAGGACUACAGAGAAAAUGGGGCGAAGCCUAAGAAAAAGAAAAACAAGAAGUCAAAGCGACAAACGGAAGAAACAGACCACUUACGAUUGAGGGAUUCGGGUGUAGAUAUGUCUAGUUCACUAACAGCACGUCUCGAUCCACGAAAGGCCUCAGAAUGUAGGGAGUUUCUUGAAAAAGAGUCUGCCAAAUUACAGGCGACUCUAGUGAUGGAAAUUAGAAGCCACAAAGCCGCUGAUAUUGUUUCCUAUAUAAAGAGUCUACAGAAAAAACAAACACCAGAAAAAGAAUUCAGGGAAAAGGUAAUGAAACAUAUGGACAAAGACGUGUUUUAUAAACUUUAUCCUCUGAUGCAAGCUAUGAAAUGCCUCGAGGACGGGCGGAGGGACCUACAAGAACUAAGAUCAUCCGGGGAAUUCUCCAUGAGUACAACAAUACCGAUCUCUACACAGGACUUGUCAGACUAACAACGGGCUAAAGUCACUUGUACCACAAUGCUUAUCUCUCAUAUAGUCAUGUAUAUACGAAAACUGACAACGUAUAAAAAUCACCUCAAUGGGCCAGUACCUUGACAGACAUUUACUUUGUUUUACUGUAGUCUUAUGAUUGGACUUUUAAAUUGUUGUUCUAUGAUAAUUUACAUGUCACACUGACUUACUUUGAAUUUUUAAUCUCAUU